UGUCGCCCGCGGCUCCGACGGAGCGAUCCUAGCCAGAGUUGUUCACGCCGUCGUCGGACGCGCUCUGGCGGCGAACCUCCCACAGGAAGGUGCACAGAUGGAGAUGCGUGCAGACCAUGCCGGCGGCCAUGAAUGCCGUGGUGUCGGGCUUGGCGGAUAUCACUGGUGCCCACGAGCGCCGGCCGGCCAUCUCCUCUCCUCCUCUCUCUCUCUCUUAUCUUCCACAGCGGCUCCAUCUCCUGCACCCCCGUCGAGAUCAGCCGCGGGCCAGCCUUCUCCAGUCCUCCUCCUGUUCUCCUAGAAGCACCAUGGAGCUUCAGCGAGCGCUGCUGGGCGUCUGUACGCGGUGACAACGUACAUGCACACGCCGGCCAAGGAGGAGGCCCUGGUCACCGUCUAGCGAGUCUGGUGGAUUCGCCGACCUCCUUGACCGUGGCCUCCGAUGUGGUCUUCAAUCUUCAUCAUGGUCGGCAAACACGGCGACGUCGGCACGGUCGGCUUGGACGCCACUUCGGAGGUCCUUGCAAGGCUCCGCCCGGACGGCGUACUCAUAGAUUGCACGAACUCUUCCCCUCCCACGCGGCGCCUGCUGCCACGCGGUUGAGUCUGGCAGCGGCAUUGGAGUAUCUCUUAGCCCACGAUGGUGAUUACGUCGUCGUCAUUGGUGGGCUAAGAGUACUGGAUUAGGCAGAUUCCUAGACGUAUACCCUGUCAGGUAGCUUUUGAUAGUUGUUUCCGUUUUUGAGAAGUUUCAGACAUUCAAAUUCUCAAUUGCUAUAGCUGGGAAUUUUUUAGGCUUUUCUGAGUUUUUUUGCAGGGAUAUUCUAGCCAGUGGGGUGAUGCUACAUUAAUUACUGGGGAUGUGGCUAGGUGCAUUUUAGGGCGGAUCUUGCAAUUAUGGUGGCGAGCAGUUCUUGGUUAACCACGCAUGGCGGUGAUAUUCUUUGUCCGCAGCAGGUGGAGCACGCAAAGGUGUGCAUGUGCCGACGGAAAAAGUGCAAAAUAAACCCUGAACUCGUAGACCCUAGCUAAAUCGAACCCUCAACUCCUAAUCCCGGUAAUUAGCACUCUCAACUCUCUAAUCCCGGUCCAAAAUGAACCCUGCAGUCGAUUUGGGCAGGAAAACGCUUACGUGGCAUAGUCAACUAGGAUUCUUCUGUCAGGUGGGCCAGUUGACCGGUGCACGCGCGGGUGGGAUAUAUCCCGAUCCAAAUCGAAUUGGAGAAUUCCUCAGCACAACUAGGGUUAGCCCGGCGGCGGCCAGGGAGAGAGGAGUGGCGAUUGGUGCGGCGGCGCCGGCGGCGCCGGCGGACACUGCGAUGUCGUGGUCAUCAGGCGGUUCUUCUGCUCCUGGAUUCCGGCGAGCGUCGGGAAGGAGGGACACGGAUGCGAGGUCGCCGGUGCGCUAUCGUGAGCAGCCUAUGGCGUACGAGCCGGCGAUGUUAUGCCACUGCAAUCCGCGGCGGAAAGCACCGAGAUGGAUUUCUUGGAGCCGUCAGAACCCGGGGAGGAGGUAUUACGCGUGCGUCAAUGCAGUGCAUGGUGGUUGUGGGUAUGUUGAACGGCAUGAUGAUCCGUUGCCAAAGUUUUUUAGUGACUUAAUUGGAGAUUUGAGAGAUGAGGUGUGGAGGUUGAAGGGUGGAGGUACUGUUGCUCGAACUGAAGAUGCAUUUGCAGCUGUGGCUAUGAGUGAGGAUGAAGCAGGAGGUGAAAUGCUGGCUAUGUCUCUGCAAGAGCAGUUGAGGUUGAAGAAUGAAGAAAUGGAUGCAAUGAAGAGCAAGUAUAUGAAUGUGAUAUUUGUCCUGAUUGUCUUUGUGCUUGGUUUAGUGCUAGGGAAAUUUGUAGUGAACUGAAUGUCAAGUUGCUGUGAUCUCACAAGUGUAUGCAUGUGCAAUGUAUGGAUCUUGUAUGCAAUGCAAUUAUCUGUCAUUCCAAUUAUCUGUAUGGAUCAUUCCAAUUAUCUGUCCAGUUGUGGAACUCUGUUUGAAA